AUGCGUGGCGAGGGAUGUGAAAAAUCAAAUGAGAAACAGGAGAAGACGUCGCAGAACAAUGAUAAAAAUCGGCUGAAUCAUCUGAAAUGCUAUCACGGAGUGCAGAGGAAAGAGGAGGUGGCGAUGUUGAUGAAGGACGCGGCGGUCGGCAUGUUCCUCGUCCGCUCGUGCUUCGUCAAAUCCGAGGUGGCACUCGGGCUGAUCCUCUCGGUGAAGGUGUCCAAGGGCGAGUCGGACACGUCGAUCCACCACUACGUGAUCGACUACAAAGGCAACGAGUACGUGCUCAUUCAGACGUUCUCGGACGGCGGAAAGUCUGUGACGGUCGAGUCGAAGCCGUUCGGAUCUCUCGAGGAAAUGAUCGAGCACUACCAGGUGGGUCACAUCAUUUUCUCGCUCAUCAUUCUCUUCCAGCACCACCGUCUCGCGUGUAAAAUGCGUCUGUUCAAACCGCUGAAACGUCCGUCCUGGCAGCUCCGUCACUCGCAAGUCCGCUUCGACGAGUCCGGAAAACUCGGCUCCGGCAACUUUUGCAUCGUUUACAAAGGGAAGUUGCACAAGAAAGACGGCGAAGUGAAGGACGUGGCGAUCAAAGUGUCGAAGGACACGGAAAGGGACUCGGCGGUGCUCAUGGAGACGCGCAACUCGAUCUUCGCCGAGGCACGCAUCAUGAUGAACUACCGGCAUACGAAUGUGAUAAUGCUCUAUGGAUUGGCGUGCGACCUGCCGCCAUUCAUGGUUUGCAUGGAGUUCUGUGCGGGAGGGUGUUUGGAGAGUGCACUCAAAAAGUACGGAAAAGAAAUGGAAGAGUUCGAGCGGCAGAUCCUUCUGAUUGAUGUGAGCGAACGAGGGAAACGGGAGAUAAUCAUUCAUUUUUCAGGCGGCCCGAGGGAUGCGAUAUCUGCAUGCUCAGAAGUGUGUUCAUCGGGAUUUGGCAUCGAGAAACUGUCUGAUCUCAUCCGAAGGACUCGUCAAAAUUGCCGAUUUCGGACUGAGUAAGACGUUGAAAAAGGACGAGAAGACGUUCAAAGAGGCACUCAAGGAAGCGCCACUGGCGUCAGUUUACAACAAAGCUGCUCUUCUCCGAAUCGGGAACAUUUCAGAUGGAUGGCGCCGGAAUGCAUCCAACGCGAGUCGGAGUUUUCGAGCAAAACCGACGUUUGGGCGUUCGGUGUCGUCAUCUUCGAAGUGUACACGAACGCGGAGAAGCUGUUCGCCGGGGAAGAGGACACGGCGAUCGUGAAGAAGAUCCGGAGGGCGAACAUGCCGUCGUUGGAGUCGAAGACCAAAUUGCCGGCGAUGCAGGCGGUCCUCUCGGCCAUCUGGUCGGUUGUAAAUGGAACCCACUUGCUUGCUCAACAAAAACAUUCAGGGUCCGCAAACCGGACGACCGUCCCGAGUUCCAGAAGAUUCUCGAGAUGCUCAUCGAAGCGCUGACUCCGAUCCAACCGUCGGAUUUGAAACGCAUGCAAAUCAACAAUCUGAAGGGCGUGGCAAGGACGCAGCUGCCCGACACGCACACCGAACUGGACGAGGUGAUGACGGAGGAUCGGAUGGAGGCGGAGAUCUCCGACAAGAACAAGAAGGCGCAGGCGGAGAAGAAGAGGAACACGGCGAAUCGGAAGCGGACGUCGAAGAAGAGGCGCGAGGAGCAGCCGAAGAGCCGCAAGCCACGAACGACGGCGGCGGCUCCUCCGUCCUCUGCGAAUAUUCGGAAGGCGGCCCUCUCCGAGUGA